AUGUCAAAAGACAAGACAAUCAUGGUGGAAGAGACCGACAAAGAACCGGAGUUAUGGUUCGCACAGUUAGAGGGCCAGUUCGCACUCCUCAACAUAACCGACGACGACGCAAAAUACGCCUUCGUCCUCGCGCGGAUCGAACCGAAGCAGGCACGGGAAAUUAAAGAUCUAAUUACGCAACCACCGCUAACACACAAGUACGAGACAAUAAAAAAGGCGUUAAUACAAAGACUGACAGAUUCCCAAGGACAACGGAUCCGGCAAUUACUCGAACACGAAGUGAUCGGUGACAGAAAACCAUCACAGUUCCUGCGCCACCUGGGUACCUUGGCAGACACAACCGUGUCAAAGGAAUUGCUACGAACAUUACGGCUAGCAAAACUGCCACAAAGCAUGCAGGCAAUACUAGCCACAAGAACAGAAGGUAGACUAGAAGAUGUUGCAGAACAGGCUAACAGGAUCCACGAAGUCAGCGGCAAGACAACAAUCAUGGCGACGGUAGUACCCACAGGCUCCGGGAACAGAAGCCCGUGGGAAUUACAAAUCGCAGCGUUAAGCAAACAGGUGGCAGAACUUACAACAGAAGUCACGAGAAUGGCAAGAAACCAGGCAAGAACACGGAGCCGACACAGAAACCAAUCAGGAGGCAGACCACGAUGGCGAAGUAAAUCCCCGGCACAAGAAGGAGUUUGCUUUUACCACCGACGCUUUGGGGACAAAGCAAUAAAAUGCACAACACCAUGCCACUUCAAAAUAAAAACUCCGAGGCAAGUCAUUGAUGGCGGCCAGUGA